CUCACACUGCGCUCUCCUUGCUCUGGGAACAACUCUAGCUCAGUCUUCUCCACCAUGAGGCUCAGGCCCAAGGCCACCUCCUCCUGUACCAGUGCCAGCCCACUUCAGGUCCUGCCGGUCUUGCUGCUACUCUCACUACUCCCGACCACGCUGGUUUCCUCCACCAUCACCAUCGGAGAAAUUUCUACCCUAGCCAAAAGUGUGGACGAUGAGCUGUAUGCUGAACUUCGCUGCUUGUGUGUGAAGACCACCUCUGGCAUUCAUCCCAGGAUCAUCCAAACUUUGCAGGUGCUGAGGGCAGGACCCCACUGCAGCAAAGUCGAAGUGAUAGCCACACUGAAGAAUGGGAAGGAAAUCUGCCUGGACCCAGAAGCUGUCAGAAUCAAGAAUAUAGUCCAGAAAAUUUUGGAAAGCGAUGGAUCAGCUGCUUCAUCUGUUCACUUUCUGUCAAAUCUGUCUGAUUCCCAGGAAGAGUAAGAGUUUGAUGCCUUGACUUUCUAGAGUUCUUAUUUAUCCAGGAUGCCAAUUCAUACUGGAUUAAACUUUGGAUAUGUUUUCCACCUUGUCUCAAAAAGUUACUUGUUAUUCUGAGAAGGCUGGUUAACAGAUGACAAGAUGAAAGUAAGCAAGCCUAGUUUCAAAAUAUGGUAUAUGGUUUACUCUCUAAAUUUUGGCUGAAUGUGGUACUGUGCUUUGCAUUUCUUUAUUUAAAAAUGUCUUUCCUAAUACAUUUGUGUUAACUUCUUUUGCUCUACUUUGCUGUUGGUCUAGAUGUGCCCAUGGUGAUUAAUAGAUUCCAUAAUGGUCAAUGAUAUUAGAAAUUACAGAGUCCAGCAUAGAACACUUGCUCAAUAAAUGUUUAUUAAUAUGUUUAGGAACUUAAUAACAUUUUUCGUUGUCUUAGUCCUAGGAUGUCUUGUUUCAAACA